CUUAAAUAGUGCUGGGCCGAUCCCAGACACAGUGUAUCGGGCUUGGAACGGAUAGGCAACGUUUCGAGUGCUGACAUUGUCUAGUUAAGUUAAGAGGCAUUGAGACUCAUCACCUCAAUGGGCACAGGUAUCGGGAUUGGUUUCACAGUGUCGUCGUGAAAGAGGCCCAGGUCAGUGGACCUUCAGUUAGAUAGAUAUCUUAGUCGGGACAUAGGCUGACUAGGAUUAGAAAUAAUUGCGGUAGCUAUUUAAUUUCUUGUGUAAAUUUUUUGCAUUUCCGAGCCUCGUCUACGUUGAACUCAACGAACAGCUGUCGAUCUGGUGAUACUCCCAAGUAUGGAGCCAAUCCCGCGUAUGAAUUGGAUACUGACUCUUCUUUGCUAGUUGCUACCGGCAUGGGAAACACGCUGUAAAUCUGCAAGGCAUGAUUGAAUUCGAAUACCGGCAGAUGAAUAAACAACCGAAUGUAACCGCUUACAAGCGCCGCUUCCACCCUGGCCUCCUGGUACGCUCUCCAGCCAUUUCCUCCUUGUAAUACUGGUGUCAGUCCCCAGCCUUGAGGCAAGGCUUGUGGAACUGAAUCUAGCGCUUGAGCCAGUACAUUCGGAGGACACAGGAGUGGUGAUAGUCUCCCUAUGGCUGCAUCAGCUAGGCCAGUCUGGCACCCGUGUAGGACUUCAGCCGCCCAAUCUAGCGCUCUAUUUGCCCUCUCCACAGACCUCGUUACCUUCUGUACGAAGAGUAGCUCUCGGGCGAGGAGACUCCAGCUAUCAUUGAAGACUUUCUUCAGCUGUGCCUGCUCCCGCCGCAUCUGACCAGUUACCGCCAUGAGAGCACUGAUCUCGGACUCAUGCUCGGCCAGGUGCCCCAUAGUCCCAUUUAACAAGGUCGCUUGUUCCUGGAGGAGGUGCACCAUCUCCAGACCCUUCUUGUCAAAUGACUCAGGCCUAGAGUUCACUGCUUCCAAGUCCUUCGUCGUAGUGGUUCCGAAAGGCGAGUUAAGGAGCUGGCCACCUCCAUCGAUCAAUCCACGCCUCCACCGGGUUCCAUCGCCUCUCAGAGCUCGUUCCAACUCCCAGAAUUACCGCCUCCAGCGUUCCGCUCUUGCCUUGAUUUCAGCCAAGUCAAGCGUGUUGGAUCAGUCUUCUCAUCUGAACGACCAGUUUCAUUUAAUUUGUUCUUGUCCAAACAUUCUAUCCGAACACAGGAGUAAAGUGCUACAGCUUGUGGACCUGUAUGGUGUAGCUGUCAAUGAACACGGUGUUUCUCAGCCAGUCACAGUCAUUCCUACUCACCAACUUCCCACAGUCACUUCUUCUCUUCCACCACAGUCGCUUCGUACUGCUUCCACAUCUUUUGAUUUAUUGGUCGAGUACAUUGAGCCAGUAACACCCAAGAAGACGGUGAUAUCUCAUUUUGAUAAGCAAGCCCAUAUCCCCAUAUUCUGUGAACAACAUCGAGAAGCCUUGAUUCCUUAUAUGGUAAUGGAAUAUACGAAGAUUCGUCAUCACUUUGAAGCGAAAAGACUGAAUAACCUCCUCUUGUCCAAGCAAAAAGCUAAAGUAAAAGCUAAAUUUAAGGAAGGAAAGCUCGCUUAAUGUAUUGCAUUUCAAAAUGUUAUGUAAUCGAUGUGGACACCAUAAUAAAAUCAGUCGGUUGCUUUCAAUUCAA